AUGUCCAAUCUUAAGUCUCUUGCUUGUGCAGCUAUUGACAAAGAGAGCUCUAAUUUACGAACACUUAGCCUGGACAUCUGGGAACAUCCAGAGCUGUGCUUUGAAGAACACCAUGCUCAUGAAGUCCUCACAAACUUUCUAGAGAGUAAAGGAUUUCUUGUGAGUGCAACUCUUGUCAUCGGUGUGAUGUGUGAAUAUGAUGCUCUGCCUGGAAUCGGUCAUGCAUGUGGACAUAAUCUUAUAGCAAUUUUGGGAUUGUCUGUUGCACUUGGCAUCAAAGAAGUCUUGGAUAAAGGAAAUGUGAAAGGAAAAGUGACAGUACUGGGUUGCCCGGCAGAGGAAGGUGGAGGCGGGAAGAUUGACUUGAUAAAUGUAGGAGCUUACAAGGACCUGGACAUUGCCAUGAUGGCUCACCCUUCACAGUUCAACCUGCCCAAGCCAGUCUAUGUUGCAAUGAGCCAGGUGAAAGUCAAAUAUCAGGGGAAGGCAUCACAUGCUUCAAGCUUUCCUUGGAAUGGUGUGAAUGCCCUUGACGCUGCUGUGUUGUGCUAUCAGAGUGUAUCUUGCAUGCGUCAGCAGUUGAAGCCUACAUGGAGAGUGCACGGGGUGAUUACAAAUGGAGGAGACAAGCCCAACAUCAUCCCAGAGACUGCAGAACUUCUUUAUUAUGCAAGAGCUCCAUCUGGUGAAGAGCUUCAGGAUAUUCAGAGACGACUUGGUGGUUGCUUUCAAGGUGCAGCCACAGCCACAGGAUGCACGGUAACCUAUGCAUUUGAUCCCAAAGGUUAUGAUUCCCUAAUGAGCAAUAACAAGAUGGCUGCCAUGUAUGUGGAAAAUGGAGAGUCUCUUGGCAUCGUAUAUGAGCAUGAUCAGAACAAGCUGUCAAAACAAGGUGGCUCCACCGACAUGGGGAAUGUUUCCCGUGUCCUGCCAAGCAUUCAUCCAAAGUUUAGCCUCAACACAGAAGUGAGCCUUCACACCACUGAAUUCAGAGAUAUUGCCAAAACAGAAUCUGCCCAUGUAACAACACUGUUACAUGCUAAAGCUCUGGCAAUGGUAGCCAUUGAUGUGUACUUGAAUCCAUCUCUUGUGCAAGUCAUCAAAGAGGAGUUCCAGCAACAGCUCACAGCUGAGACCCAAUGA